AUGGUCUGGCUCGCCAUCAGACACAGAAGUGCUUUAGAGGAGGUUUUCCUCCUCAAGCCCUUGGCAUUCCAAGGACAUCAGCAGGCCUUUGCCAAGGCUGAGGUGCUGGGGGCUGUUGUUUUCACAGACAUCCUGGAGCCUAGCCAGGAGAUGGGGGAACAGCCCACCCACCUCAAAGGCCUAGAGUCUGUGGGCUCCCGGGGCUGCUGCCCCCAGGGUGUGGUACAGGACUGGACAGGACACUGCGGUUCCAGCAGCCGCCUCGCUGCACCCCCAACGCCGGGGACUGGAGGAGACCUGAGGGGCCUUGAAGAAGAGACCCGAGUCUGGCUCCCGCUUCAGCCGCUGUCCUUGGUGCCCAGCGCCCUGCGGGAACCGUGUGCAAUUCACUGUGAGACCCUCCGAAGGCCCCGCGAUGGUGAGUGCGGGAUCGGGAGGGGUCCCGAGAAGCGGGAGAGGCUGUCGCAAAGCGACUGGAGACCCCUAUCACGACCCGGGGCCGGGCUCCUGGCUCGGGCCUCUCCGCAUCUCUCUGGAGCCCGAGUCCCCUCAGGUCCCACUGGGUGCAAUGGGCAAGGGCCGGAGGCCGUAGCUGGGACCCCGGUUCCCGUUCGGUUCUGGCCCUGCAUGGCGACCCUGGCCCGGCCCGCGGCCUCCCAGAUGCUCGGUGAUGGCCGGAGAGUGAUGGAGAGCUCAGCCUCAAAUGACUUGAUGACCUUUGAGGAGGUUUCUGUGAACUUUACCCAGGAGGCGUGGGCUCUGUUGCAUCCUUCUCAGAAGAGGCUUUACAGGGAUGUGGAUCCGGGAAACCUUCCAGAACUUGACCUCUACAGUUCCAUUCAAAUCCACGAGCGAACUCACACUGGAAAGAAACCCUAUCAAUGUAGAGAAUGUGGGAAAGCCUUCAUCUCCCACACGAGCAUGUAAACCCACAUGUUCACACACAACAAAGACCGAUCUUAUAAGUGUAAGGAGCGUGUGAGCCUUCAUUCGCCCCAGUUUUCACACAUCCAUGAGCAAAUUCACACCGGAGAGAAACCUUAUGGAUAUAAACAAUGUGGCAAAGCCUUCCAAUGUUCCACAUCUGUUCAGAUCCACAAAAGAAAUCACACUGGCGAGAAGCCCUACAAGUGGGAGUGUGGGAAAGCCUUCAGCACGUGGCCAGCCUUUCAAGUCCACACGAGGAUCCACACAGGGGAGAAGCCCUAUUGAUGCAAAGAAUGUGGGACCUUUAAUCACCUUAGCUACCAUCAGGUUCAUGAGUGAACCCACACCGGAGAAAAACCCUACGAAUGUAAAAACUGUGGAAAGACUUUCACCUUCAUUUCUCUGGGGAACUUUCAGGGAGACAUGAUCACCCACACUGGGGAUAGGUCUUAUAAAUGUCAGGGAUGUGGGAAAGCGUUCAUUUUCCUCAGCGCGUUUCGAACCCAUGAGAGGACUCACACUGGAAAACCAUACAAGUGUAAAUGGUGUGGCAAGGCCUUCAGUUGUUCCAGUUACGCUCAGAUCCAUGAGAGAAUGCACACUGAGAGAAUGCACACUGGAGAGAAGCCCUAUGGGUGUAAGGAGUGUGGCAAAGCGUUCAUCUAUCCCACCAGCUUCCAAGGCCACAUGAAAAUUCACAUGGGAGAGAAGCCUGUAGUCUCCGAAGCUGCUUCCAACGACAUGAAAGAACUCACAGUAAGAGAAGCUUUUCCAGUGCAAGCAGUGUGGAAAAGCCUUCACUUUGUCCACUUCCUUAAAUAA